AUGGCACCUAAUAGUGUUUCUAUACAUUCUGACCCUAUUUUCCUUGCACCUCUUUCCAGACAAUCGCGGUGUGCCGAUGAAGACCAUCGGUGCGGCAAGUACCUUAUCAAAAAAGGAACUUCCGUGGUGGUCCCCACGUACCAUCUCCACCAUGAUCCUAGACACUGGGAAGAACCUGAAAAAUUUAAGCCAGAAAGGUUUAGCCCUGAAAACAAGCAUCUGAUCAACUCAACUGCCUACCAUCCGUUCGGCCUGGGGCCACGCAUGUGCGUCGGCUCCCGUCUGGCUCUACUCGAGCUCGCCUCGGUUACUUCUCAAGUGCUCCGUCAAUUCAAGAUAACUUUGGCUCCAAGACAGAACCCUGACCUUGAGCUGACAACGUACUCAUUUUUAGGCGUGCCUAAAGAGAGCGUGAAGAUCUAUGUCCAGAGGCUUUGCCAGGACAAAUGAAUCGCAAUGGCCCUUAUAGUGUGGCAGCGAAAACAGAAAUCCUCCAGUCCCGGAAAACAGCAACCAGAGUCCUUCAUUCCCAGGCCUUCCACGAGAAAAUGUAUUUGUGUUUUACAUCGUGUACAUCAGGUUUGAAAACGCUGAU